ACAAAAACUAAUUAAAUAUCCUACUUAGGAAAUUGGACCGUCUCUUUCCUUGUUGCUUCAUCUUCAUCCAUGGGGCAUUCCGUUGUCCGAUGAAAUUCGGACGUUAGUUCUUCAGAUUCUUCUACAAGCCAUGAUGAAAUUUUUCUGAGCUUUGAAUAAUUCUUCUGCCAAAGUUGCCUCUUGUAUAGAUAAGAACAUUUGAGAUGGAAAUAUCCUUCUCUCCUUUUGGGUUUUAUAACUGAGCUUUGAAUGCAUUUCAUCAUGGCCAUUUUAAAUUCUCACAAAUUCCAUGAGAUUUCUCCACCUCAGUCAUCACUGAUUUAUCCUUCUUCACCUCAGAUAAGUUUAUUCCAAAUUGGUGAUCACCUAGUGUAAACAAAAUUUGCAUGUUACUUUCCUUGUAUGGGUCAAAUUCUUUUCUUUUCUUUUUUUUUUGUAUUAAUUUCUCAAUUUGCUAUGUCAUUUGUGGGAGGGGAAAACACAAUGUCCAUUCCCAUUGACUCUUUUUACUUUCAUCCUAAAAAGAUCCACACAUAAAAACUUGCUAUUCUUUGAAUUAUUAUUUCCUAUUCAACCUACGUGAUUAAUUUGCUUUUUUUGGACAUAUUCUCCGAUCCAAGAUUCGGUGUGAUUAAUUAAUUUACUUUUUUCAACAAGAAUUUACUGUCCAAAAAUGGAAUAAUGACUAGAGCAUUUUUGACGGAUAAAUGACUCAUUUGAAAACGCUGAGUUAAAUUUUUACCUUAAAUGACUGUACUUAAAUGUUUACCUUAAAUGACUAUGUAAAUUCUUUUAUAUAUUGAAAUUUUCGGACUCCAAUUUUCCCACAUUCUUUCUAAUGGAAACGACUAUUUUUUUAUAUAUUCAUUUUCUUCUUUUAUCAAUAUCAUGUUUUAUUCACAAAUCAAAUGGGUUGAAUUCAACAUUAGAAAAUUGUAAUUUGUUUGAAGGAAGUUGGAUUAUUGAUGAAUCUUAUCCACCUUAUGAUUCAUUAAGUUGUCCAUUUUUACGUGAUGAUUUCAAUUGUCUCAAGAAUGGAAGGCCUGAUGAGUUUUAUCUUAAAUAUAGAUGGCAACCUACUGCUUGCAAUUUACCCAGAUUUGAUGGAAAAGUUUUCCUGGAAAAAAUGAAAGGAAAAAGGCUUUUGUUUGUGGGAGACUCACUAGGCAACAAUCAAUGGGAAUCCCUUGCAUGUUUGCUUCAUGCUGCUGUUCCUACUUCCAAAUAUAUCUAUGACAGAGGGGGUAUUAUCACUCUCAAAUUUCAGGAAUAUGGUGUAUCACUGGAGUACUUGAAGAAUCCAUUUCUGGUAGACGUUUCCCAUGACAAAGAUGGUCGAAUUUUGACACUUGACUCCAUUACUAGAACCUCAAUCUGGACAAAAACUGAUGUGUUAAUAUUUAACAGUUAUCACUGGUGGAAUCAUACUGGGACAUUACAAGGGUGGGAUUACUUAGAAGUUGGUGGCAAACGAUUUAAAGAUAUGGAUCGUAUGAAAGCUUAUAAGAUUGGAUUGACUACUUGGGCUAAUUGGAUUGACUCCAACAUUGAUCCUACCAAGACUAGGGUCUUCUUUCAAGGAAUUCCUGCUCUUCAUUUUGCGUAAGUUCCUUAAAUUCAAUGAGUUGCUAUUUGGAAGAGUUAACAAUACGCUAUUACUAUGCUGAAGUUUACCAUUACAUUGAUAUCAUCAAUGAUUCAG